AUGAAUGUUAAGUUCCAGAGACUAGAGAAAUGUGAUCCAAAUUACGAAACUCGCUUGUUUAUAUUGAACCUGAACAUAUACAUUCCAAGAGAUGAAAAAUUUAGUCAGUUGAAGUUCUCAGACUUUAUAGCUUAUGCGGUGAAAGCACUGGGUCAUGUCGUUCGUCCAGAAAUUAAAGCAAUGUUUGACAAAACACCUAAUGAAUUCGAUAGCUUCGACGACGUGCUGCAUCUUUACGAAGGAUACCAGGGACAGGAAGUUAAUCAAACUGGAGAUUCCCAUUUGUUGACAUCAAAUUGGAGCCUCAACUUAGAGUUUGUUAAAGAACUCUUUCGUUCUGACGGCGAAAACCCCCUCAAAUUCCCAUUUCUUCUUCAUUACUAA